UUACUUUCCGAUUAAUACGACCCUCUCGAUAGAAGCCUCAUCCCUCCCUCUUUCUCUCUCUUCCUCAAAGCUCUGUGUUUUUUAAUCCAAAUCCACCAUGGCAGAGCAGAAGAAGCCCCAAGCUGCGGGUGUUUGGCCCACCAUUAAGCCCUUUGUCAAUGGUGGCUCUUCUGGGAUGCUUGCCACCUGUGUUAUUCAACCCAUUGAUAUGAUCAAGGUGAGAAUUCAACUGGGCCAAGGAUCUGCAGCUACUGUGACGAAGAACAUGCUUAAAAAUGAGGGCAUUGGUGCCUUUUACAAGGGGCUCUCUGCUGGACUGUUGAGGCAAGCUACGUAUACUACUGCCCGUCUUGGUUCAUUUAAAAUUUUGACAAACAAAGCAAUUGAAGCCAAUGAUGGGAAGCCUCUACCGUUGUAUCAGAAGGCUUUGUGUGGUCUAACUGCUGGUGCUAUUGGUGCAAGUGUUGGUAGUCCAGCAGAUUUGGCUUUGAUCCGUAUGCAGGCUGAUGCCACUUUACCUGCUGCUCAACGCAGAAACUAUACCAAUGCCUUCCAUGCCCUCUAUCGUAUCACUGCAGAUGAAGGGGUUUUGGCACUCUGGAAAGGUGCAGGCCCAACUGUAGUGAGAGCUAUGGCAUUGAACAUGGGCAUGCUUGCAUCUUAUGAUCAGAGUGUUGAGUUUUUCAGGGAUUCUUGUGGCUUCAGUGAAGCAGCUACAGUUAUAGGGGCAAGUUCCGUUUCAGGUUUCUUUGCUUCAGCUUGCAGUCUACCCUUUGAUUAUGUCAAAACCCAAAUCCAGAAAAUGCAACCUGAUGCUCAGGGGAAGUAUCCAUACACCGGCUCUUUGGACUGUGCCAUGAAAACUUUCAAGGCUGGAGGACCAUUCAAAUUUUACACUGGUUUCCCUGUAUAUUGUGUUCGAAUUGCCCCGCAUGUCAUGAUGACAUGGAUUUUCCUCAACCAGAUCCAGAAGCUGGAAAAGUCUGUUGGGUUGUAGUAUCUUGAUGCCAGAUACAUCUGUUCGACUUGAGCCUUAAAUAAAAGGACAUUUUGUUUGUAUUUUUGGUGGGUUUUGGCACUUCAACGCCCUUAAAACCAAACCAUUUGUAUCGAAUUUUUCCAGCACAAUUGAUGUAGGACUUAAAAUUGUUGUUGUUAUUUGGGCCAGAAAAUUUUUGUGUUACUGACAACUUGAGAGAGAUACUCUUUUGAAAUACCGCCAGAAAAAUAAGAUUUGUACUGUUAUGAACA